AAUAAUAAUGUACACAGAUAAAUAAUUUUUUAUGCACUAGUCCAUAAAAAAUAAAAACCAUCAGUUUUUAUUUCAUGAUGCCUUUAACUUCCCCUUCCUCUUGCAUAGACAUAUCUUCUCUGAUGACUGUCACUCACAUGAGAUCAAUAGCAAACCACAACAAUCCAACGAAUCCAAUCAAUUCCCGAUGGACAAAAUCAAGCCCCGACCUACAUUUUUUCUUGUUCUAAAAGUAGUUUCACUUGGAUAUACAUUACAAUAGGGAAGAAAAGAUUAUCUCAAAUACAAUUUCAUGCAAACUUUAAGCCAAAUGGCUAGUCUGGCAACAGCAAGGGUAGUCUGCAAUGACACAAACACAUGGGCAAUUGAGUAAACAGCCUGCUUGUUCGGUCAACGCAAAAGGUGUUACAUUUUAACCCGUGGUGUUAUUGAGAAUGAAUAUAAAUUCAGUUACAAAGCAACAACUGCCGUACUAACGUUCAGGUUAUAAUGAGUGUGACGGACAGCAACUCCUGGGGAUUAUAGUAGAGGUGUUGGGAGGAGGGCCUCAGGGGGCCAGUUCCACAACGCUCAUUUGAAACCUUUGGUCCCCCAUGAUCUGUUUUCCCAGAAUGCCCUGUAGUAGCACUAACCUCUCAGCCUCCGAGUGUGUUUACUCUGAGUUAAUGAAUGAGCUAGUGUUGGGGCGAAAGUGGGUGAGUAAAUGCUAAUCACAUCCCUUUCCCCCAAAAUAAAGCCUCCAUUUCGCCCCUUUCCUUUUUGCUUUUAUUCCCCUUUAGUUAAAUCAUCAGUAAUCACACUUUUAAAACCUAGUCAGAGACUAACCGCAGGUCAGGAAUGAAACGUUAAACUAGCACAACACAAGAGGGGGGAGGUUUAGUGUGUGAGGAGCGUAAAGCCAAAGUUGAGGUGUCAAAUUUGAUGUCAACUCUCACUUCUCCAACAAUGCCAAUUGAGUAAACACACACAAAUGGUAUGGGUGAGGGAAUCAAGAGAGAGAGAGGAGGGGCCGUCCUUACUUGCUCUUCUAAGCGGGAGUGAGAGGAGGUCCAGAGGGAGGAGGCAAACGGGGAGAGCAGGAUUGAGAAAGAGAGUGAGGAAAAGAAGUGGCGCUCUGUUUGCGGAGCAGUCUGGGACCAUGCUGUCAGGCAGCUCUCUGAUCUGGAUUGGGGCGCUGCUUCUGGGGCUCGAGGCUUUGCUGACUGGGGCGUCUGACUUCCAGCACCAUGGUUAUGAGGAGAUGGUGAGGGCUCUUUUUGCUGUCCAAAGCGAAUGCCCCUACAUCACUCGCAUCUACAGCAUCGGUCGCAGCGUGGAAGGACGGCACCUAUAUGUCCUGGAGUUCAGUGAUAAUCCUGGCAUCCAUGAAGAAUUGGAGCCAGAGUUCAAGUACGUUGGGAACAUGCACGGGAACGAGGUGCUCGGCAGGGAGCUGCUCAUCUACUUAGCCCAGUUCCUGUGCGAGGAAUACAGGGCAGGAAACGAGCGAAUCACGCGCCUCAUCCACGACACACGGAUCCACAUCCUUCCUUCGAUGAACCCGGAUGGAUAUGAGGUGGCUGCCAGGCAGGGUCCGGAAUUCAACGGCUACUUAGUGGGACGUGGAAACGCAAAGGAGGUAGACCUGAAUCGCAACUUCCCAGACCUGAACGCUCUGAUGUACUACUACGAGAAACACAACGGCCAAAACCACCACCUGCCACUGCCAGAUAACUGGGAAUUACAGGUUGAGCCGGAGACUUUAGCAGUGAUAAAAUGGAUGCAGAAUUAUAACUUCAUUCUGUCGGCGAACCUCCACGGUGGAGCUGUAGUCGCCAAUUACCCCUUCGAUAAGUCUCGCGAGCCCCGGAUAAGAGGCAAAACAACAUACUCGGCCACCCCUGACGAUAAAAUGUUCCGAAAGUUGGCAAAGACGUACUCUUAUGCCCACAGCUGGAUGCAUAAGGGCUGGAAUUGCGGCGAUUACUUUGAUGAAGGAAUCACAAAUGGAGCCAGCUGGUACUCUCUUUCUAAGGGGAUGCAGGACUUCAACUACCUCCACACAAACUGCUUUGAGAUCACUCUGGAGCUCAGCUGUGAUAAGUUUCCUCCAGCGACGGCUCUCGCCAGUGAGUGGCUGGCCAACAGAGAGGCUCUGGUGUCCUACAUGGAGCAGGUUCACCAUGGGAUAAAAGGCAUGGUUUAUGAUGAGAACAACAACCCAAUUAGCAAUGCUGUGAUCUCGGUGGCAGGCGUAAACCACGAUAUCACCAGCGGGACGAAUGGAGACUACUUCCGUCUGCUCUUGCCGGGCACCUACACAGUGACGGCUUCUGCACUAGGUUACCAACCGUUUACCAGCAUGGUGACAGUGGGACCUGCUGAAGCUGUACAGUUGCAUUUCUAUUUGAAAGUUCAACCAAAAGGGACAAACUUAAACAUAAAAGGUUAUCCCAACAAGAAGGGCCCAUCGACGGCUAAGAUUCCUCCCACCAACCUUGGCCCAAGAUAAAGAGCAAGGACUCUUCUCUUAACACAGACAAAACAAGUCUUUACUUUUUAAACUGAAGAACAAUAAAGGGAAACAUGGACUCUCACUGUGACAAAUCUCACCUUCCUAUGUCAUACAGGUUCUUUGUUGUUUGUAUAGAUGCAUAAAAGUGUGGGAAAUCCAUAUUUUGCUCUCACAUUCUUGUGGAGCUUAAAUAUAUAUGUAUGUUAUAUAAAGGCUUUGAUUAAAAGAACAGGAAGAAGUAGGUAUUGUAAACAAAUAUUUCUCUUUUUAUGAGAAAUUAGUCAUAGAUUAAUGAAGACAUUUAGAUGGAAUGUUACUGGAAAUUAUGUCUGAAUAUGAUAAAUCAUAAGUCAAUCGGUAUAAGAUUAAUUAUCACCUAUGUGGAAAAUAAUAAUAAAAUAAACAUUUUAUCAUUUAAAA